AAGAGACGCUGAUGCUACUGUCAAAUGUCAACAGAGCUUAUGAAGCUCUUCGGCGCAGAGUGAUGGCAGUCAUCUGUUAAUAAGUGUGUUUUUGUCCAAAGGUGCUGUGGAUGAAUGAUUAUAAGGAAGUGAUACACUCCUAACGUAAUCAUGAUUGUGAAUUGGUGAUAUAAAUGUAGCUUCGACCCUGUCCAGGUUAAGUACGUAUUCCAGCAAAAGAGAACCUCCAGCAAUGUUGGAAGUUGGUGUGCGUGUGGUAAGAGGGCCAGAUUGGAAGUGGGGUCAGCAGGAUGAUGGAGAGGGUCAUGUUGGUACUGUGGUUGAAAUCGGAAAGCCUGGAAGUUCUACAUCUCCUGACAAAACUGUAGUUGUCCAAUGGGAUUCUGGUUCUCGGACCAACUAUCGUGUUGGCUACCAAGGAGCACAUGAUUUGCGGGUCAUGGACAAUGCUCCAGCAGGUGUGAAACACCCCAAUAUUAUCUGUGAUGGGUGUAAGAAGCAUGGCAUUGCGGGGAUACGCUGGAAGUGUGCGCGCUGCUAUGACUAUGAUUUGUGUACACACUGCUACAUGUCUGACAAGCAUGACCUACUGCAUGUAUUUCAGAGAUUUGAGACUGCUUCAUCAAUUGGGGUCGAGAUGGCUCCACGAAAAGGUUGUGCCAAAGUACAGAUGAAGGGAAUUUUUGUAGGUGCAAAAGUUGUGCGAGGCCCAGACUGGGAUUGGAGCAAUCAAGAUGGAGGAGAAGGCAAGACGGGACGCGUGAUCGAUAUCCGAGGCUGGGACAAUGAAUCUGGCCGCUCAGUCGCCAAUGUCACAUGGACCUCAGGCUCCACAAAUGUGUACAGGCUUGGACAUAAGGGAAAAGUGGAUCUAAAGUACGUGCAGGAUGCAGUCGGAGGCUGCUACUAUCGUGACCACCUACCCAUCCUUGGUAUCAGCUCAGAGAUGCAGGGAGGGGCUGCCCGCCAGUCCAGCUCAUCACCGCGCCACCUGACAUUCAAUGUCGGUGACAAAGUCAAGGUGGCAAUGGAUGUUGAGGCUCUGAAGCAAAUGCAGGAGGGUCAUGGAGGUUGGAACCCACGUAUGGCAGAGUAUGUCGGGAAGAUGGGAGUCGUUCAUCGAGUGACCGAGAAGGGAGACAUUCGUGUUCAAUAUGAAGGUUGUAACAACCGCUGGACCUUCCAUCCUGGGGCACUCACCAAGGUCAACGUAUUUGCUGUUGGUGAUGUGGUUCGUGUGAAGCAUGACCUCGUCACAGUGCGGAACUACCAGAAGGGCCACGGCGAAUGGAUUGAAGUCAUGAAAGGGGCGCUUGGCAAGUUGGGAAAGGUGAUUAAGAUCUAUUCAGAUGGGGACCUGCGUGUCAGUAUUGAUGGUCAGACGUGGACACUCAACCCACUUUGUGUUCAGCUUGUCCCGGGCUCAGCCACCGAGCUCAGCAAUACAAUGCAUGCCAACACGAGAGAAGAACAUGCCAACCCCUUGGCAUCGCUGUUGUUAAACCUGGUGUUGGGGCCGCAGCAGCUGGAAACGACAAAUAUGGAUAAACUGGUGCGAGAGGCAGCCCAAGGUCAUCUUGAUGUGGUUAGAGAGUUUUUUGCGAAGUACCCUGACAUGGUGGAUGGCCGUAGCGGGGGCAAGACAUGUCUCCAGGUGGCGUGUCACCAGGGUCAUGUAGAACUUGUGCAGUUUCUCCUGUCAGCAGGUUCAUCACUCGAAGUCGCCGAUGACGACGGAGACACAGCGCUGCAUUACUCCGCGUUUGGAAAUCAGCCAGAGAUAAUGGAGAUUCUGCUGAAGAAAAAUGCAGACAUCGACGCCGUGAAUAAGGGACGAUGCUCGGCUCUCCACGUGGCAGUAAAUAAGCAGCACCUGCACUGUGUAGUCAUGCUGCUUAAGUACAAGUGUAAUGUCAACAUACAGGACUCUUAUGGUGAUACAGCACUGCAUGACGCGAUAGGGAAGGACAGCGUCGAGAUCAUAGACAUGCUGUGUAGUGUGCCAGGUGUCGACUUCACGCUAAAAAAUAAGCGAGGGUUUAAUGUCUUGCACCAUGCUGCUCUCAAAGGGAACAACUUUGCCACAGAGCGACUGCUGGGACGAACUCGGCAACUGGUCGACGUGAAGAAGGAUGACGGAUUUGCAGCCCUCCACCUGGCGUGUUUGAAUGGGCACCGAGCUGUAGCAGACACGUUGCUUGCACAGGGACAGGCAGAAGUAGACCUUCGAAACAACCGCAGGCAGACACCACUUCUGCUGGCUGUCUCGCAGGGCCACUGUUCUGUAGUGGAGCUGGUAGUCUCCAUGUCCGCCGACGUUGAUGCAGAAGAUGAAGAUGGAGACACUGGUCUCCACCUGGCUCUUAUGAAACGGGCAACUAUUUCAACUGAGAUCAAUGAAUUAGAGGCUCCUAUUAUCUAUGGAAUCUUCACGCAACUUGCAAGCCAGACUGUGGAGCACCUGGUUGCACUCGCCAUUGCAUGCUAUCUUGUCCAGGAGGGUUGCAAGUUGAACAAGAAAAACAAUAAGGGAAAAACUCCCUUAGACCUAGUUCAGAACACUGUAAUGGCUGAUUUGUUACAACAGUAUGUGACACCUCGCAGUGUUGGGAACGAGCCUUUAGCUAGGGGUCUGACGGUCGACCCAGAACUUGCAGUACAGUCUGACAAUGGUAGUAGUACAUCAGCGGUAGAGAAGAGAGCCCCUGUCCCUGUUGAAUGUGCAGUGUGUUCAGAGUUGGGUGAGGAGAAUGUAUUGUUUGAACCCUGUGGGCACCGGAUUGCCUGUGAAGAUUGUUCCGCCCGCAUGAAGAAAUGUCUGCGCUGUGGCCAGCUUGUGACAAAGCGACUCACACACGAUGGGCGUGUGAUUGCUUGCAAGUCACGGCAGCCCAGCACAGAACGACUCCGAUACCUGGAGUCUAAAAUAGCUGAGAUUGAGGAGGCACACUGUUGCUCCAUCUGCAUGGAGCGGAGGCGGAAUGUGGUGUUUCUUUGUGGCCAUGGAGCAUGCGAGAAGUGCUCCACUACCCUGAAGAUAUGUCACAUGUGUCGCAAGACCAUCACCAAGAAGAUUAACCUGUAUUAGUAUUGCACUUCUGUGAAAAAGAGGCAGGGACUUUGUGAUGGCUCAGAUGGCCACGUCGAGCUUACAACAUGUCUGUUGCUUCCUGUAACUUGACACUGAACCGUCCUUCAUGAAUCUCGGAACAGAAGAGGAAUUGGCAUUGCAGGUGGUGUAAUUACACUUGGCAGCACUUUGUCAGAGAACAGAUCAGGCCUUGGUAUGACAGCGCAAAUUUCUUGUAGUUUCUGAGGUUUUCAUUUGGCAUUUUGGAAUGUAACUGUAGCAGGUAUCAUGCAAGAUGAUAGAUUCAUGCGACAGUGGUGUUUCUUUAACUUUCCGCAACAGCUUUAUGCAAAAUCUGGGAUAGUAGUACAGUGAAAGCUCAUUAUUUCAGACCUUGUAAAUGUAGUAAAAUCUGUCCAAAAGUGGCCAUUUUUAAGUAUGAAUAACCUCGUAAAGGUGCAACAAGUAAUAAUACUUACAUUGGCAAUAUGGAAAAUUUAAAUAUCUAGUAUACAGCCUGCUAGAUGUGUUUUAUCCUCUGGUUGUUUAUUU